AAGCGCUUAAUUUACCAAAUGACCUUUGCAUGGCAUUGGUGCGGAUUUCUUUCGCUGUGACGUGACCAAAGCUGUAAGAGAUUCUUUGGACGACAGGGCGCGAAAUCGCCCAACUCACAGCUGCACCGUCAGGAUGGGCGCCAUUUUGUCGGAGCCUGUCACGGCCAUGGUGGUGGAACGGUCCUCCUCCUCCUGCUGGUCUGCGGCAGCUGUAACCAUGCAAGGGUGGAGAAGGACGCAUGAGGACGCCCACAUCCUGUGCAACCUGGAGUCUGGCGGUUCGCAAGGCUCCGGAGUCUUCGCAGUGCUGGACGGCCACGGCGGCAGCAGCGCGGCCUUUGGCGGGGCUCGGUUCCUAGAGGAGCAAUUGCGGCGGGUGGCGGAGAGGGCCCCGGGCGCGUCAGAGGCGUCUCGACUGCUGCAGGAAGCCUUCAUCGAGUGCGACACCAAGCUUCGCCAUCACCUGAGCAAUGAGGACCGGAGUGGCAGCACGGUGGUAGCUUGCAUCGUGACGCCCAGCAGAUCGCAGUACACGGUGCAGCUGGCGCAUGCUGGAGAUUCCCGCGCCGUCCUCUGCCGCGGCGGCCGCCUCUUCUGCUCCAAGGACCACAAGCCGAACCGCGAGGACGAGACCCGGCGCAUCGAGGCGGCCGGCGGGUCCGUGUCGCAGGGCCCCCUGGGCGGCGGCCCCAUGCGCGUGGACGGAGCGUUGGCGGUGAGCAGGGCCCUGGGGGACUUCCAUUUCAAGCCCGCGGGCAUGGACCCGGCCAGGUGCAAGGUGUCCGUGGUGCCAGAGGUCCAGACGAUCGAAAACUGCGCCUCAGGUGAUUGGGUGCUUCUCGCCUGUGACGGGAUCUUCGACGUCAUGGAGAACGAGGAGGUCAAAGACUUUAUAGAAGAUCACGCCUCCAAGAGCGGGGGCCGUAUCAGCGACGGGGCUCAGGUUUGCAUAGACUUGCUGCACCUCUGCCUGGACAGGGGAAGCAAGGACAACUGCACGGCCUGCUUCAUCCAGUUCGGUGAAUUUUCGGUGAGGAAGAGCCUGGAGCUGUUGCAGGGCCCCUGGCGGGCCGCCUCCCCAGAGGUGCAGGGCAAAUACGCGGAGUUCUUCAAGGACCACGGCUUCGAGGCGGAGGCGCUGGAGAUGACGACCCCUGGGCGCCGCCUGUCAGGUUCUUCGAAAGGGAAAGCCCAGGCCAGCGGAGCUCAGCCCAGCCCGGCGGAGCCCGCCAGGAAUGGCCACCUUCCGACCAUCGCCCGUGUCUUCCAGGCUGUGCGGGGGACCAGGGCGAUCCAAUCUGCCUGGAGAGCACGGAAGAGCCCGGCCGCGGAGAGCGCCUCUGGCACGGAGUAGAGACACAAGUUCUGCUUCUUGCCCCAGGCAGCUCUGAGCUUCAAUGUUUCCGGUUGGUAAAUGGAAAUCACCCACAGUUGGAAAGGCGGAGCUGAGACUCUGAGACUCUGAGACUCGUCCGCCGAACUCGCGACAGACUUCUUGCGAGACCUGCCGUCGGCGUUCACCAGGGGGGAGUUUUAUACCAGCCAUGGCUUAGCAU